AUGUCGGCAAAAACUCAUUUCAUCUGCUUUUAUAUGCUGCUACUCAGCGCACUCACAAUAUCAACUGUUUCGGGCACCUAUCCAUCGUGGUGCGAUGCCAAACUGUGUGCUGAGGGCGCCGCGCAUGUAGCAUGCAACAAUACGGGCGAAUUCAAUGAGAACUGCGCACCAGAUGCUGUUAUGAUCAAUUUGCGACCGCAUCGCAGCUUUAUCCUGGAUGCGCACAAUAAACGUAGAAAUUUUAUAGCCGGCGGAUAUCUGCCCGGCUAUUAUCCAGCAGCACGCAUGGCCACAAUGGUUUGGGAUGACGAAUUGGAAUACUUGGCCACGCUGAACCUGAAGACAUGCCAACUGGAUCAUGACGAGUGCAAUAAUUCGUAUCGCUUCCGCAAUGUCGGUCAGAAUCUGUGUGGUGUGGAUCGACAUCGUCUAAAGCCACUAAAUGUGCGGAACAUAGUGGAGAACUCGAUGGGUCUCUGGUUUGGCGAAUAUCCGCUAAUUGAUAGCACCUACAUAGCCCAGUUUCGAGUGGCCAGGCAUCUGGAGAAAUAUGGUCACUUUGCGGAAACUGUGGUGGAUCGGAAUACGCAUGUUGGAUGUGCCAUGAUGCGCUUCACCAAUCCUCAAUAUCCCUUCCUCUAUAUCUACAACAUGGCCUGCAACUAUGCCAGCACCUAUGCUGUGGGUGUGCAUGUCUACAAGGUGGGGGAACCGGCCUCCGAGUGUACAACGGGUGUCAAUCCCAAAUACUCAGCGCUCUGUUCAGUCAGAGAGCAAUAUAAUCCCAACUAUAAUGAAUAUUAUGAUGAAUAA